GUCUUCGGCCGCAUGGAAUCAUGAAUGGCCAUCAGAAUCGCCUAGCUAUCACCUGCCUUCUCAGCAUAACACCGGCGAUAUCGAAGUCACAGCUGUGCCGCUGCCUCCAAGCAUAUCAGAAGCUACGGUCGAACCACGUAGACCGAGGAAAAUGCGACUAGGCUUGCCUAUCACAGUUCACAACCAAGAUGUUCUAGCUACAGUAUUAGCUUGCGCAGAUACUGGCGCAGAUGUCAACAUCAUGUCGGAUGAUGUGGCAAAAAAACUUGGAUACUCAGAGUACAAUGUGCUGCCGGAGAGGAAACAGUUUACACUAGCCAACGGUAAGAUUAUAGAAGCUAUAGGUCAGAUCGAAUCGGUGUGCUCUUUCGGCACUGAGACAGUCGUUGGCGACAAUGACUUGUAUUUUCUACAUUCUGCUCAAAGCUGCGACCCCCAUCAUCAUGGGUCUCAAUUUCUUGGAGCAAACCAAGACCAUGACCGAGCACAGGGACAGACUCGUGCGGGUUCCAAGACCAGCAUACCAAGCGCUUUCCGUAUGCUCUUUGGACAAGCCAAGGCGUUUGUUGACUUGCGAACUGGACUCCAAGCAGACACUAGCGACUCCAGACUCUGGAUCAGAGAUUGACCUAAUGUCGUUCUCUUUCGCAUCUGAACGUGAUUUCAAGGUCUAUCCAGGGGAGGAGAUAAUCGAAGUAGCGGAUGGUAGCAUAUCCAUCACUAGCGGGUUCGUACGUACAAGCCUUGCUAUCACUCCGACGAAUGUGCCAAACCUGUCGACGAUACCAAGAAACUAUGUCACCGUCGACUUCUUCUUGCUGGAUAGUCUAUCUCAUGACCUUAUUGUGGGUGAAGAUUCUUUGGAUCGGCUCCAGGUUUUUACGGACCAUCAGUCUGCUCUCGUUUGCCUACCUGAUGGCUCAGGACCUCUGGGUUUAAAUCGUAUCCGGCAUCUCGGGGCAAUAGAUCGCAUUGUUUCCUGGAUCAAGAAGAAGAUCAGAGGCUCUGGCUCUGACAAUGACACAAACAUGGACACAUCUUUCGGUUCUCAAGCGAUAGAUCAGCAUGAGAAUAAUCGUAGAGAGCGCGAAGCAGCUCGGAUCGCAAUUCUGCCAAUCGACGAACAGCAAAUCGCUAUAGACGCUGAAGUAGUCAGACAACGAGCCUACAAAGGUCAAAUUCGACUUCCAAAGUUGAUCUUCGAUGAGACUGUCGCUUCAAGGGCAUCACCGCCGCCGUUCAACUUCGGCUCCCCAUCCACCCCAAACAAAUUGGGUGUUUUCAUAUGCGAAUACCCUGGUUGCACAGCUGCACCAUUUCAAACACAAUAUCUUCUCAACUCACAUACCAAUGUUCAUUCAUCCAAUAGACCACACUAUUGCCCAGUGGCCGAUUGCCCAAGAGCCAAGGGCGGAAAAGGCUUCAAGAGAAAGAAUGAGAUGAUACGACAUGGUCUUAUCCACCAGAGUCCAGGUUAUAUUUGUCCAUUUUGUCCUGAUCGUGAGCACAAGUACCCGCGACCAGAUAAUCUCCAGCGGAACGUCAAGAUAAAACUUCAUCCUGCUACUCCGAGGCUUCUUACUGAUUUCUGCGUGCUAGUCAUGUACGUGUGCAUCAUACAGACAAAGACCAAGACGACCCUCAACUUCGGGACGUAUUGGCACAACGCCCUGAGGGCGGAAGCCAUGGACGUAGAAGAAGGAUAGAAGGUGGAGGAAACUGAUCAGAGCGCUUGUGGUAGAUAUGGCGAGGAUGAGUGUGUUCAUGUACAUAAACUCGCGCCAUCGCCAUCCAGAGAUAUGUCAUGCUUUCACUUCAAGUGGUACAUUAU